AACUCACGGCUUCAAAAACGUCAGCCAACAAACCAAUGAGAGACGUCACGAUGACUAUUUCCACGUCUUACAUACAGUCCAUGGUUUUCACUACGGACAAAAACUUCUUUGUUACGCACUAAAUUGAAGUAAUGGCGUGUAUCGAAUGAAUGUAUGUGUGUAUGCACGGUUCCACGUACUGUCUCAUGUGGGAGAGGCCUUCGGGUAAAGUGAAAACGGGAUGUUUGGUUUGUUAGUGUUUGUCCUUUUCACUAUCUCACAUUUUUGAGAAACUGAGAUAAAUCAUGUCUGCCUAACGAUUAUUAAUUAAUUAAUUAUCAAGAGAUACUCAUAAUAAUGACUUAAAAUAAUUGUCAUCAUAGUGCAUUAAUGGUCUUCCAUACUAAGCUGCCUCGUUUGCCUCAGAGUUGUUUUUUUGUUGUUUUCCCGGUGGUGCCUUUGAGUCUCAACUGAGGGAUCACACUUCGGGCCUUCAGGUAGUCUCGUCACGUGACCACAGUGAAGAUAAACAGAUGUCACAUGACUCGCGGUUUAUUUUCUUGCAACAUGGUGGCCGGGUCGCUGCAGCUGUCCGUCUCUCUGCUGGUCCUCCUCAGCCGGGUUUUAGGCUUCCCUCUCGGCCAAGAAGAACCCAAACUCACCUGCGGAUACGAGUCAUGUCAUGCCACCAAGCCCAGCAUGCUGAAUGUCCACCUGGUCCCUCACACACACGACGACGUCGGUUGGCUGAAGACUGUGGACCAGUACUACUAUGGAGACCGUAACGACAUCCAGCAUGCGGGGGUGCAGUAUAUUCUGGACUCCGUGGUGGAUCAGCUGCUGAAGAACCCCGACAGGAGGUUUAUCUACGUGGAGACGGCGUUCUUCUACCGCUGGUGGAAGCAGCAGAGCUCCAGCAUGCAGCAGACGGUCAAACGGCUGGUUAAUGAAGGCCGUCUGGAGUUUGUGAACGGCGGCUGGUGCAUGAGUGACGAGGCCACCACCCACUACAGCGCCGUCAUCGACCAGAUGACCAUGGGCCUGAGGUUCCUCAACGAGACGUUUGGGCCUUGUGGUCGCCCCCGCGUCGCCUGGCACAUCGACCCCUUUGGCCACGCCCGGGAACACGCCUCCAUGUUUGCUCAGAUGGGGUACGACGGCUUCUUCUUUGGUCGUCUGGACUACCAGGACCGGACUCGCAGGCAGAGUGCUCGGGAGCAGGAGCUUCUGUGGAGGGCUUCUGACAGCCUGGAACCCCCCAUGGCUGACCUCUUCACCGGGAUCCUUCCCAACGGGUACAACCCUCCCGAGGGCUUCUGCUGGGACCAGUCCUGUGACGAUCCACCGAUCAGAGACGACCCCGACCUGGAGGACUACAAUGUCGACGAUGUGGUGAGGCGCUUCCUCGCCAUCGCCAACCAUCAGGCUAAGGUGUAUAAGACCAACCACAUCAUCAUGACCAUGGGCUCAGACUUCCAGUACGAGAACGCCAACCUGUGGUACAAGAACCUGGACAAGCUGAUCCGCUACGUCAACGCCCAGCAGGCCAACGGCGGCGGCCGAGUCAACGUGCUGUAUUCCACCCCGUCCUGUUACCUGCAGGAGCUGCACAGAGCUAACCUCACCUGGGCUUUGAAGACGGAUGAUUUCUUCCCCUACGCAGACAACGCUCACAACUACUGGACCGGCUACUUUACCAGCCGACCGGCGCUGAAGCGCUACGAGAGGAUCAGCAACAGCAACCUGCAGACUUGUAACCAGCUGGAGGUACUUGGCGGUCCGGUCUCCAGGAACGGACCCUUUGGAAAGGGCGACAGCGAGACCAUGAAGAAAGCCAUGGCCGUGGCUCAGCACCACGACGCCGUUUCAGGCACGGAGAAGCAACACGUAGCCAACGACUACGCCAGGAGGCUAGCCAGCGGCUGGCAACACUGUCAGGUUCUGGUCAGUAACAGUCUGUCCGCUCUGAGCGGCUCGUCUGCAGAGAGAAUCUACUGCGACAGCCUGAACAUCAGCGUGUGUCCUCUCACCGAGUCCAGCAAGAAGUUCUCAGUCCAUGUGUACAACCCUCUCGCUCGCCCCGUCACUUGGCCGGUCAGACUGCCGGUGAAUGGAUCAUCAUACGAAGUAUCGGAUGCUGAAGGCAGAUCGGUGGACUGCCAGGUGGUUCCGGUGUCGGCACAGACGGCGGCGGUGAGGAGAAACCGAGGCUUCGCCGUCAACGAGCUGGUGUUCCAGGUGCAGGCUCCUCCUCUGGGCUUCACCACCUACUCCGUGUCCCUGCUUCGGGACGGGCCUCCGCCGGCCUCCACGCAGCGCCGCGUGCCCACCGCCAUCCAGAACCAGUUCCUACGAGUGACCUUUGACCCCAACACCGGCCUCUUGAGCAGCCUCACUAACCUGGAGACCAAACAGACCAUAAAGCUGACGCAGAACUUCUACUGGUACAACGCCAGUGACGGCAACAACUCGAAGAGUGACCAGCCUUCGGGGGCGUACAUCUUCAGACCCAACUCCUCCACACCGUUCAUCAUCAGCAAGACGGCCAAGACGGAGAGCGUUCAGACCCCCGUGCUGCAGGAGGUGAGGCAGUGGUUCGCUCCCUGGGUGUCUCAGGUGGUUCGUCUCCACCACGACAGCAGAGCUCUGGAGCUGGAGUGGACCGUCGGACCGCUGCCCAUCAGUGACGACCUGGGGAAGGAGGUGAUCACUCGUCUGGACACGAGCAUCAAAACCUCCGAGUAUUUCUACACCGACUCAAACGGCAGAGAAGUGCUGCAGAGAAAGAAAGACUUCCGGCCCACUUGGAAGCUCUGGCAGUCGGAGCCCAUAGCUGGAAACUACUAUCCCAUCAACUCACGCGCCUUCAUCAAGGAUGAUGUGGACCAACUCACGGUGGUGACGGAUCGCUCUCAGGGAGGAGGCAGCAUCCAGAACGGCUCUCUGGAGAUCAUGCUCCACCGCCGGCUGCUGUACGACGACGUCCGCGGCGUCGCCGAGCCCCUCAACGAGACUUCCUCCGUCUUCCCCGAGGGGCUGGUGGUCCGAGGUCGCCUCCUGCUCUCCCUGGACCGCCCGCCCAGCGCGGCCGACGCGCACCGCCCCCUGGCCCAGCAGGUGGUGCUGCAGCCGACGCUGACGUUCACCGACGGAGAUCUGCACCCGAACACUCGGCUGGAGUUCUCUGGGCUGCAGGCUGCGCUGCCCCCUGCUGUCCACCUGCUCACACUGACGCAGUGGGACGAGGACUCGGUGCUGCUGAGGCUGGAGCAUCAGUUCCAGAGCGGGGAGAGCAAACUGAACUCGGGGCCGGUCACCGUCAACCUGCAGAAGCUGUUUUCCACUCUGGAGGUUUUGGGCGCGUCUGAACUGAACCUGUCGGCCAAUCAGUGGAAAGACGAGAUGACGCGUUUUCAUUGGACGCCACAGACGGGUGAGAAGCCCCUGCUGAAGACGUUGGGAGACCCCUCGGCGUGGGAGGUGACCUUGAGGCCAAUGGAGAUCCGAACCUUCCUGCUCAGGGUCCUCCUCAGAUAGCCAAUCACAGCGAUGCGACUUCAACCAAUGAGCCGCCUCUGCACCGGUGAGAGAAUCACAGGAAGUGAGCGGCUGCGUUCACACGGCUCCCAUCUCCAGAAAGCUGUCGGUUAGUUUUCUCUUCAGCCGAGCAGAACGAGAUGUUUGGAUUGAAGUCUUCCUCGUGUUCCUUUGAUGCAGUUUGUACCGAAUUUGCCUUUUUCUUCUGCACAGCGAUGAUGCUAAAUCUCUCCUGUGACUUUAUCAGCACCAGCUCUUCAAAUCACACGAAUCCUUAAAGACUGCAAUGAGUAUGUGUGUGUGUGUGUGUGUGUGUGUAUAGAUUGAACAUGAUUUCAUACUGAUCAACAAUUGAUAAUAAAGUCUAUCGUUCGUA